AAGGUUGUUGGUUUCGAUCAUCGACUUACAACAAUACAUUCGACUCGAAGAAUCAGUACAGCCUGUACUCGACGCAUCUCGGCAUCUCGGUCACCUUCCACCCGACUGCUUACCAUCGAAUCCUGUUUUGCGCGCAAGAGAUUGCAUAGCCCUAGCGUCACAGGCACACAAAAAGCACCCUAUUAAAGACCGACAGACCGCGACAGACAAGUGACCAUGUCAGAUAUCGACGACGAGUUGCUCGCCCUUGCUGGCGGUGACGCCUCCGACGAUAGCGGAGAUGAGGCUAUGGACAUGAGCAGGGACGAUUCCCGCUCCCCGUCACCAGAGCCUUCGAGGAAGAAGGAUACGUCUACCAGGGGAACGGCGAAGAAGUCAGUGGGGAGGAAACGUGCUAGAAGCGAUGACGAGUCGGAGGACGAGGGCCAGGCCUCUCCGCCGGGGUCCCCGGACUCCCAAGCUUCUGCCCCCAUGGACGAAUCAGACUCAGACUCAGAUGCCUCGCCGGCGAGGCGUAGUGUUGACGAUGAGGUGAACCAGUAUCCUGUCGACGGUCUCUUCCGCGACUACGAAGAGAAGGAGCAGAUCAUGAGCAUGCGCGAAAUCGAGAGGGAACAGAUCCUGGCCGAGCGUCGAGAGGAGGAUGAACGUAUCCGCCAGAACCGCAUGCUUCGCCAGCUAAAGGUCAACCAAGAGAAGAAACGCAAGGCAAGCCUAGCCGAGCUCGAUGAUUCAUCACGCAAGACAUCACGGGCUCGCACCAAGGCCGACGAUAAGAUGGAUUCCCUCCGGCGGGCCCGGGAGGAACGCUCCAACCGCAAGGAGCAGCGGGAGCGGGAGAAUGACCGUCGUAAGCGUUCGCCUUCAUACCGACGCAGCCCCGGUCGUGGCGAUGAUAGCGAUGUCGACUGGGAUGGCCCGAGCAAAAAGAAGCACAGGUCUCGUUCGCCAGGGAGCAGGGAGAGUCCGCCUGCCGAGCUUCGAGACUUCGAGCGUGUUCGUGUUGGCCGUAGUCGCUUUGCUGAGGUUGCUUUCUAUCCCGGCUUCGAUGAGGCUCUCACAGGAUGUUUUGUUCGCCUGAACAUUGGUCCCGAUCCCGAUACUCGCCAGGAUGUCUACCGUAUGGCUCUGAUUAAGGGUUUCACCACCGGUAAGGCUUACGCCUUGGAAGAUCAUCAAGGUCACCAAAUGGUCGUCGAUAUGUAUGUCAAGGCUGCUCACGGUAAAGCCGUUCGGGAGUGGCCUUUGAUCACAUGUUCCGACCGAAAGUUCACAGAUGCCGAGUACAACCGCUACAAACAAGUCUGUCUUGCCGAGGGUGUCCCCUUCCCGGACAAACAGACCCUUAUUGACAAGAUCGACGACAUCAACCGUCUCGUCCAGCGUACUUGGACCGAGCAGGAGCUCUCAGAAAAGCUCAAGCGUCAGAACGCGCUGCAGGCCAAGUUCUCUGGUGCCCAACGUGACUAUCUCAAGAAGCAGUUGGACCAUGCUCGACAGGCCAACGACGAAGCCGCCAUCGCCCGCUACGAGGAGCGUCUCGAGAAGCUCGAGGUGCCCCGCCUUGCCUUCCGCACCUCACUCACCAAGAAAGACGGCAAGAAGGAGCUGACCCAGCAAGAGAAGCUGGCGCUCAAGAACAUGGAGAACCGCAGACGCAACGCCGAAGAGGUGCGCAAGGCCCAGCUUCGCGAGCGCGCCAAGGCUCGUCAAAUCGAGAGGAAGAUUGAGCGUGGCGAGGCCGUUCAGGAGGACAUGAGCCGCAGGCUCAUCACCAGGCCCAAGUUCGUGCACGACUCGUCUGAGAAGGCCACCCCUAGUCCGUCCAAGGCUGGCACGCCCGCGCCAGGUACCCCAUCGAAGGGCGAGACCAAGAACAGCAACGGGGUGUUGCCGCAUAUUGCAAAGUUGCAGGAGCAGCACAGGCAGCAACAGAAGAAGAACGGCUUGCCGGUCAUUUCGGCGCCGCUGAUGGAUGAUGAGAUCAUUGGCGCGAUGGAUCUAGGCAUUGAUAUUGAGCUUUGAUGGAGAGAUCUGGGGUGAAAUUUCCGGGAAGUUAGUGAGAGCCUGGUCUAAGUUACAGACAUUCAUAGGCUUUCGGCCAGGGGCCCGCUAUCGAACUGCAUAGCUUUUGGGAAGGAAGACCGAUAUCACUUGGGGUCUAAGUUGAUAGUUCCAUAAAGCUUUUGGUCGUCUUGGCUCGGCUUCCAUUUGCUUGGCUGUUAUGAGCGAAAGGUUGGUCAGGCAGGCUGGGAACAAGCGUAGAGGUAACCUGAGCCCUACAUUGGUUACGGCAAAAUUAUGAAUAAAAAGCUUUGAGAAUAC